AGAAACCAGACGACAUUCAUCAUCACCUCCAAUCACCUCUCUCUCCAACAUAGUGGCUCCACCAUACAGAAGAAAACAAAAACCAAGGAAAGGAACAAAAUUAUUGUAAUCUAUCAUGGCCGCUUUGUUCGGUUUAUCACGAACCAUUGGCAUUGUUGCAAACAAUUGUUUAAAACGUGUCAAUCCCGGAUUAUUUGCUAAACAUCGAUUUACACAUCCUCAACCGUUGUCGCGAUCGUUCGCCGGCCCAAUACGUUACGGACUUCCAUGGAUACCAAAGAUACCGGACCAUCAGACAGAAGUGGAAGACACAACGAUAGUUGAUGACAAGUUAACCGAAGAUGUUGUGAAUGCAGUCAAUAACCAAGUAAGCACAGGCACAACAAGUAGGCUGUUUGCAGUGGUACACAUUUGUGGCAAGCAAUUCAAAGUGACGGAUAACGAUUUGAUAGUGAUCCAAGGUUAUUGGCCACCGAUGCCUGGUGAUCAAUUAAAACUUGAGAAAGUAUUGCUUGUAGGCAGUACAGACUUUACUCUGGUUGGUCGACCGCUUCUUAAUCGAGAAUUAGUCAGCGUAGAUGCGACUGUAAUCGAGAAGACAUUUUCCAACACAAAAACAAGAUUUCGUAUGAGAGCGAGAAAGCAAUACAAGCGUAUACAUUUUUACAGAAUACCUCACACGAUGGUGAGAAUAAAUUCGAUAAGAAUCAAUGGAAACAUUGACGACAAAAAAGAGGUUGAAGGUUUGGAUAGAGUAUAUUAAUUUAAUACUAAUAACUAUUGCGAUUGGUUAAAGUAAUCGUGAAACUCAUAUUCCCUCAGGAUUUUUGUAAAUAUCCUCUAGCAAUAAACUGUAUAAAAAAAUGUUCUAUUACAAAAAUACAACAAAAAUUGACGAUCAAA